UCAAAUUUGGGAUACUAUACAGGUAGGUGAUUUUUCCGUUGGUAAAGUUUCAUUAUUUAGUGUACCGUUAUGACAAUCGGGUUCUUUAAGUCUACAACAUCUCUUUAGGAUACGUACUCGGCUUUCGAGAAGUACUAUUGUAUCGUGGAUUUGAACACUUCUUUAACUAAUACGAGUCCUUAACUUAUUUACAAAGCAUAUAUAUUUACAUACUUGGCUUUUAACUACGUUCGUUGUUGGUUUAUUGAUACAAUCUGUCUGCCAAAACUUGAGUUGGUGUGACGUUCGGUGUUAGGUGGUUGUAGGUGGAUAGUCAAUAUGAUACUCUAGAAAUAAAUUUCUCCCUAGUUGACACUGGUUAUCAUGGUGUUCCUGUAAUCCAGUCGUUUUAAUAGCCCUCACAUAAAUAUUAUGACUGCAAGCCAAAUACAUAAUUCAGGUGUUGAGGAAUGGGUAUCAGCAAGACACAAAAGACUUUUCUUCUGAAUGGUGAUUCGGAUGUUGUCGUGUAUAAUAAAGUUUGUACCGAAGUAAAUGUUUUCAUUCACGGUGGCUGCGUUGAAUUUUUAUCAGUUAUGCACUGUAUAAAGUAUUAAGGUUUAUUUCUAAGCAAUAACGUCAUCAUAUGGUGGUUGGAGGUAGUCAACAGGAAGCUCUGAACCCAGGUUUCGUGUUACUUGGCAUUUGUCAGCAAUGUGUACCAGUAAUCUUGAAGGAACUGAUGCUACCUGACGGAUUAGAUUCUGUGUCACCCAGCCUCACAGUCAAAGACGAUAUAGAAAAUAUCCAAGGUUAAAACAUCGCCGCUGUAUAUCGCGAACUGACUGAAGCUGAGAUUGUACCAUUUUACCUAGUGAUUCUAAUGGUUAAAGGUUCACUUCAAUACCCGAAUAUCCUAAGCUCGAUUUCAAGUAAAGUCGUAGGUGUAUACUGUCAAAUAAUUCCAUACUAAAAUGAACAUCUAUCCAGUGCUUAAUGGUUAUCCCAACUGAGAUAAAUCCGUCAUGAAUACUGUCCAUAUUCUAUAUCGUUAAUAUGACUUCCUUUUUUAUUUUAUACAGGCAUUUGCCAGCAGUAUCACUGGUGCUCUUGCAUCACAAGCGGUUUUAAUCGGUGUAGGUGUUGGGAACUCAUCAGCUACCAUAUUAAGUGCUAGUCUAACGUGGAUGUUUAAAGAUGGUUCAGGUAUGAUUGGAAGAAUUAUAUUUGCUGGUUAUCAUGGAAUUAAAUUAGACUGUGAUUGCAAAUUUUGGAGAUUUGUUGCUGAUAUCUUAAACGAUUGUGCUUUAUUCCUUGAACUAAUUUCUCCACUAUUCAAUCAUAUGUUCACACCGUUACUUUGUCUUGCUAAUGUACUUAAGUCUUUAGUUGGUGUCGCUGGUAGUGCAACACGUGCAGCUAUUGUUCAACAUCAAGCGAUCAAUAAUAAUUUAGCUGAUGUAUCAGCUAAAGAUGGUAGUCAGGAAACCUUAUCUAAUUUGUUGGCAUGGUUACUUAAUUUUAUUUUGUUAUAUAUGGUGACCGGUAAUCAAUUCUGUAUUUGGUUCUGUUUUAUUUGUUGUACUAUUGUACAUUUAUAUUCAAAUUAUUGUGCUGUAAAAUGUUUGAAAUUACGAACAUUCAAUCGUACACGUUUUCAUUUAGCUAUACAACAAUGGUUUGAACAACAAUUUUGUCAUGUUUUAAUGUCAAAUAAUAAUAAUAAUAAUAUGAAUAAAAUACCUGAAUAUCUUUUAAUGAAUAAAUCAUUUCCAAAUGUUAUAUGGGUUAAUAAAUGUGAACCUAUUUUAUAUAAAACUGAUCAACCUACAAUUAUAAUGGGUUGUUCAUUAUAUAAAUUACCUAUUGAAGGACAGAAAUUGCUACCUAAUUUGAUACGAUUAUGUGAGAAAAACAAUUACAUUUUGUAUUGUUCGAAUUGGGAAUGUAUUCAACAAGGCAACUCAAUUAAUCCAUUGACAAUGUAUAUCGUUCUAUUUUCUGAAUCGAAACCUUUGGAUCAGCUCAAAGCUAUGCUGCAUGUAGAAUUGAUAACAUUCAUAGUAAAGUAUCCCUUGAAAACAAUAUUACCUCAUAAAAUAUUGGAAGAAAUAAUUCAAGCAAAAGAUUAUUAUGAAUUUUUACAAUCCACUAUAAAUCUUGUCAAUCAAUUAUGGAAUCCAUUCAUGAAUUCAUUACAAUCUAAUCAUGAUUGGAAUUUAGAUUCAUUUCAAUUUGCAUCAGAUGUAUGGAGAUUAAAUCGAAAUGAAUAAUAUAUCAAUUUGAUGAAUAGUUCAACUAUUGUAAUCUGUAUAUUUUCUAAUUAAAUGUUUCUUAUUUGUAAUAAAUGUUUUGAUAUGAA